UCCCGGAGCGCCCUCGGAGCACAACAGCGGGGAAGGGCGGCGGGAAACACUGGGCGUUGGGCCCGGCACGCAGUCUCACCCACGCCAGCCUGCCUCCAAGGGACCGCCCCCGCGGUGCGCGCAGAGCUGCGCUCCGGGAAUCCUGCACCCGGCCCGGAGUGCGCACAGCCGGGUCCAGGGCGGCGGGCCGUGCGCCCGGGCCGGGGCGGGUGCAAGGGCCGGGGCGGGGCCUUUGCGCCCGGGCCCUCUCUUCCGACUAUAAAGUGAGCUGGGGAUGGCUCCUAGGUACCAACGCGCCUCUCAACCGCCCAGCUAACUCUUCACCUUUCACUUCGCGUCUCCAGCUUCACCAGAGCUCGAAAUGGACCCCAACUGCUCCUGCGCCACCCGUGACUCCUGCGCCUGUGCCAGCUCCUGCAAAUGCAAAGAAUGCAAAUGCACCUCCUGCAAGAAGAGCUGCUGCUCCUGCUGCCCUGCGGGCUGCACCAAGUGUGCCCAGGGCUGCAUCUGCAAAGGGGCAUCAGACAAGUGCAGCUGCUGCGCCUGACGCCCGCAGAGCCCAGCUCCCAGAUGUAAAUAGCGCAAUGUGUACAAACCUGGAUUUUCUCCCCCAUGCAGUCCGACCCCUUUGCUCCAUUCCUUGUGUGAAAUGUGUGAAUGAUAAUAAAAGUUGUUGACUUCA